AGUACAUGCUACAGUCCCCACUAAUCAUGGACACGUUUCUUGUUGCAGUUGGCACUAGCUAUAUAUUCCAAUCCAAAUGCUUAUCCAUGAAUAUACAUACUUCUAUUAUUAAGAAUAUAUUGCUACACUCAUAUGUUACUCUGUCUUUUUAAUUACUAUGGCAAUUUCACGACCUUUAGAGAUUCUAAUGACGAGGCACAAGCCAGAAUUGGUAGUUCCAGCAGCAACAACACCUCGUGAGAGAAAACAUCUAUCUAAUAUAGAUGAUCAAGGGAGUCUUCGUUUCCAACUUCCUUUAUUAAUGUUUUACAAAUAUAAUCCUUCAUUAAUGGAAGGGAUUAAAGAUCCUGCAAAGGUCAUUAAAGAAGGAUUAUCCAAAACACUAGUGUUUUAUUAUCCAUUAGCUGGUAGGCUCACUGAGUUAGGGAAUAACAAGAAGCUUGUUGUGGACUGCACUGGUGAAGGAAUAUUGUUUGUAGAAGCUGAUGCAGAUGUGGAGCUUGACAAGUUAGGAGAGUCCAUUAAACCACCAUGUCCAUACUUCGAUCAAUUGCUAUAUAAUGUACCUGGUUCUGAUGGGAUCAUUGGCUGCCCUCUUUUGUUAGUUCAGGUGACGCGUUUUAGCUGUGGUGGAUUUGCAGUUGGAUUCAGAUUUAAUCACACUAUGACGGAUGCAUAUGGCAUGAAAUUGUUUUUUAAUGCGUUAACUGAAAUUAUUAAAGGGGCUUCAACACCUACUAUAUUACCAGUAUGGCAAAGGGAUAUCCUAAGUGCUAGAUCAUCACCAUGCAUUACAUUUACACACCAUGAGUUUGAUGAUAAUGAGCAAGUGAAAUGCUCAAGCAAUAGUAAUGCACGGGACAAUUAUAAGUUGAUACAACACUCAUUCUUCUUUGGGAAUAAAGAGAUAGAAGCCAUUCGAGAUCAAGUUGCUCCGAAUACUCGUGCAAUUAGUACAAAAUUCGAGUUAUUAGUAGCAUUUUUAUGGAAGUGUCGUACAAUUGCUCUUGGUCUAGACCCCGAAGAGACUGUUCAUUUGACAUACCUUGUUAAUGCACGUGGCAAAUCACUAAAAUACGAAGUCCCCUUAGGAUAUUAUGGGAAUGCAUGGGUUUCUCCAGCAACAGUAUCAAAAGCAGGAUUGCUUUGUUCGAGUCCAUUAACAUAUGCAGUUGAAUUGGUUAAAAGAGUUAAACAUUAUAUGAAUGAAGAGUAUAUUAGAUCGGUGGUGGACUUCCUAGCGAUUAAAGGGCGACCUGAAUUGACUAAAUCCUGGAAUUUUAUUAUUUCAGAUAAUAGAUCUGCUGGAUUUGAUGAAGUUGAUUUUGGAUGGGGCAAGCCCAUUUUCGGAGGAGUUCCAAAAGCUAUAUCCAAUAUUAGCUUUCUUGUGCCUAUUAAAAAUAACUUAGGAGAAAAAGGUAUUUUGGUAGCUAUAAGUUUACCCCCACUGGCCAUGGAAAAAUUUCAAGUUGUCUAUAAGAUGACUGUCAAAGAUGUGGAAUAAGGGUCCACAUAGAUUUAAGGUUUUUCUUUUCUUUUUUAAUUUCUACCUCAAUAAUACAUGUUUUUAUAUGUAAUAUGACUUCCUUCAUAUAUACUAGGAUAAGGUAUAUUAAGAUUAUAUUAACUUUAUCGUCACGCAUAAUAGGAGAAAAUAGGUUUAACUUUCCACACAAGAAGGCUUAAUAUAUUAUACUAUUGUUAUAA